GAGCCGUAAUCAUAAUAAGAGCUUCACCUAAUAUAAACUUUCAGGUGGUAAGAUUUUACAUCUAAAUUCCAACAUGCUCACUUCACGUCCAGCACUCCAUUACCAAAUCAUUGCACAUGCAAGCACCUAAUUAGCUGGUACAAUGUUAAAGGAAUUGCGUAGAUGUUGUUACACAAUCUGCUUGUUGCUGCUCUUGAUUACCACUGGAACCCUAAGUUUUCACCGUUUCGCGGAUGGAUUACAACGCAGGAUCCACGUUUCUGACGACCUUAACGACGUCGUAGACAACGAGGAGGAGGAACAAUGGAGCAACAAGAAGGAAAUCGCCAACUCCGAAUUCGAUCCGCCGCCGAAUGAUGUAAGCAAAAUGAGCCCAAAGGAUAUCCAAGCUGAAAUGAUGAAGAGGGUUCUAGGACCCGUUUUCGGAUUCGUUAAGCUCCGACCUGGAACUCUUCGGACUCCGGUUAUGGUUUCUGAUAUCGCCAAGAGGUGGACCAAUCUGGCAAGAACUGGAGCAAUUGAGACAAAGUUCAUAGGUGUUGAUUUUAGCACGAUCAUGUUCACUAUGGAAAAAGGUCAAGACACUAAACAGUUAAAAGAGUUUUUGCUAGAACAAGAAGAAGCAUAUGAGAUUAAAAUAGGGGACCAACUAUUUCGAAGACCAGGCGACCCUCCGUUUGAAGAAGUUUUCGAGAAGUUCCAAAAUGAGAUAGAGAAGAACAGGCACUCUGAGUUGUAACAAGCCAGAAAACAGACCCUUCUUCUUUCUCCUCUAUUUCGUUUCUAGAUUAGCCGGAAUUUUGUACAUCGGUUCAUUCUUCCAUGCAGCUCAUUUAACCAUUGAUCCUCCAACAACAUCUAUUACCAGACAGGUUACUGGAAAUGGCUCUCUUUUUCCACUGAGUUUUCUGGUUAUGAUCUUAGCUUGUUGCUUUUCUUAUUACCCGACAUAUCAUUCAUGAUCUGUUUGUUACCAGGGGCUUAUUAAGUUAUAGCUCCAUUUGUCAAAUAAGUUAUACAUCUGGAUUCAAUAAAUUGGCUGUAGUACAUAGGAUUGCUGAUAUUUCAACAUUGAA